AGAGUACGGGAGGGAGGCGGCCGCCAUGAGCCGGAGGCCGCAGGUCUCCUACGUGCGGCCGGCCGAGCCCGCCUUCCUCAGCCGCUUCAAGCGGCGGGUCGGGCAUCGGGAGGCGCCCACGGUGGACACCAAGAGAGAGCAGCUCCCGCGUGCAGAUAGUGAUUCUGAGAAUGGCAGUGACAAGGAGGAUGAGCAGCCUCAAGUGGUAACGCUGAAAAAAGGGGACUUGACUGCUGAAGAAGCAAUGAAAAUUAAAAAGCAAAUCAAAGAGGCCUUAAAGUCAAGUGAACCAGAUGGUGAACCAGAACCUGCUGAUGGAAAAAUUAUGUUCAGGAAACCAGCCAAACGUUCAUCAGAGAAGCUUUUGGACUUCAAUGUAAGUUCAAGUAAGAAGAUCAAAGAGGGAAAGAAAACUGAGAGAGAAGCAACUACCUCUCAGAGUACAGCUAAGCAAGUUAAAAACAGCAGUCUUCUCUCAUUUGAUGAUGAAGAAAAUGAUGAUUAGGAGUUGUAUGUAUUCACAUUUUAGUUAUCCUUCCCAGCUAUUUGAGUAAGAAUGAGGGUUUUCAUAGAAAUUGGAGCAUGGUAUCCCAAUCUUCUCUUGCUUUGUUAUGGUUCAACUAGAGAAACAUAGUAUACAACCAGCAUGAGCAAAACUGAGCUCAGGUGUUCCAGUUCAGAUGGAACUAUGUGAGUAGUAUCUCAUGUCUUUAUUUUUAAAAGAAAAUUUAAACAUAUAUAUCAAAGCUAUUUGUGACCGCAAAUGAGUAGCAAAAUACAGGUGGACAUAUCCAGCUUAAAUACAUUUUCAAUCAAUUAAUUUUAAAAUGUCUUCCAUUGCUAAAAUUGUAUUUCCUCCUAUGGCCUAUCUAAUGGCCACAGUGGAGAGGUGUUUGUUUGUUUGUUUGUUUUAAUUAUUAUUGGCUUAGCAUUCAAAAGAGAGACUUUAUUGCUGUGGAGCAGAGAUUGACCUCUUUUGCUUCAUACCUUAACAAAAGCUUGCACUAAAUUUUGCAUGUAUGGUUUGGCAGAUUAGCUCUUUGUAAGCUCUCUUGCAGUAAGUGAGCCUGCAUUUGCUAAAAUUACGUAGUCUUAAUGCUGUGUUCAGUGAAUACAGUCCAAGAAGCACCAAAUUAGUUUGGAUUGAUUGUGCUAGUAAGAUAUAAAAAUUCUGAUUGUAUCAAUUAAUGCAAAGGAACGAUUUUUAAACCCUUUAAGACUGUACACUUUGGUUGUCACACUGAUGUAUUAAGAUGGGAUUGGUUUUUUUUGGAAGUGCAUUUGUUCUAGUUCGCUACAUAUGUGUUUGUAAUUAUUUAGGAUCUCAUUUUAUUUUUUAAAAAGUAUUUCAUUCUUAAGCUGUAGAAAACUACCAAUUUUUUUUCAAUAGGAAAUUGUAAACAGAAGAUUAAGUCAAGAAAUACUAUAGCUGUGAUACAAAGUUUUAAAUUUUUUUUCAGUUGACCAUGUACAGUACACUGAUAUUGACCAUUUCCGUAUUAUUUAUGUAACGGGGUGUGCAGAAAUUCUAAUAACACUGACAGCUGAUGGGACUGGGGAGAGCAAGGAGGUGGAAAUGGAACUAGUGAGUCUGAAAUGACUUGAUAGUAUUGUGUGUUCUUGCAAUACUUAAGCACGACUGAGACUGCUACAGAAUUACAGGGUACGAGACAAUGAAACCAGUUCUUGUGCUGUGUGACAGGUAAUUUGAAAUCAUUUGGGCUGUAAAGCUUCGUUGAGGAGCAAAUUUGAAGUAGCUGUGUGAAACAGCUGGUUUUAUUUUGUUAAUCUGGUAUUAAACAAUAAAUUAUGAUUUCUGUAAGUGGUCCAAAGGUAUUUAAAUGAAAAAUUCAGUGCAUAAAAUGGGAUUUUUGGAGUCACCUGAUAAUGAAGCCUAUUUUGACAGCUACUUGUCUCCAAAUAUCACAUCCUCUUACAGCAUAAGAUCAGAUGCAAGCCUGCCUACUAUUUCUAACUAAUUGGGAGUGUGCCUGAUUUUGAAAAUGAAUAGGUAUAUUGUCCUUUCAGAAAAUUAAAACCAGGCCUAUAAAUGUAUAUUAACAUGUGUGGCACUGGUCUGAUAUUAGAACUGCUACAGAGAUGCAAUUUGACAACCUGAGGAUUCCAGUGAGAACAUUUUGCAUUUGUAGGUACAUAAUUUGUCUGUAUUCAGCAUACGUAAUAAAGAAAAACAUAGGAUAUACACAAUCAAAGGUUCCCAGGGAUUAAUCUUUCCAUAUUCUUUGUAUGCCUAACAUUUGUUUGAUUCCAUUUUAAAAAAACUAUAUAUACCCAUGAAGAAUAGUGUAGUGUUAAAGUAUUCUGAAGGAAUAUUUGGUCACAUUUAAAUAACUGAGUAUAUACUUUGACUUUCUGAGACCAAUCUGCAAGAAUGAGUUACCUAAAUGCUUACCUAAACUUUUUCAGUUUUGUCCAUCAGCACAAAACCAUACUUGCUUACAUUUUCCUUGCACAGCCUGAAAGUUCAUCACUUUAGCUGCAAGGCAGCUCAGGAGACGUGGUUGUUAAGAGAGAAAUCCUUGCCAUGGAUCAGAGGGAAUUCACACUUUCCUUAAAAUCAGAGAGGGCCUCCCACACGGGGAGCCUAUUUGGCAUAUUCAAAAUAAGAGCGAGUUCUUGUUCGAAUCCUGUCAGCAAUUGCAUAUAAACAAAAUUUACUAUUCCUACUGAAAGACUUGUUAGACUGAAGUCCGGUAAAAAGAAAGGUACCUCAAAAUUCUGGGUGCAGUGCUUUUGCUUAAUCAUGCUCCCUGCCCUGCAACUUCAUGACAGAUGUCUGGAAUGCAAAUACAUUAAUUGGGUUUGCUUGGAAAUAACAUAAUGAAAGGUAUGUUGUUCUUCAGGCAGCGCAGCAGGGGAAAGAAAGGUGGAUACGGAAACCCACUUUCUUUCCUUUAUUCCAGCUGUGAUUUGUAGUGCUCUGACCAGGAGACCUUUGUAUUUAUUGUAUUUCACUCCCAGUUCACCUAACAAUAACUAAUUGGAUAUAUUUUAUUAAGAGGUGUGAGUGAUGCACAAAAGUGUUUUAGUCAAGUAGUCAUGUGAAAAUCAGUGUUCUUAAUGCGACACACCAGGAAAAUUACAUACGCCAUCAACACCCCAUGAAACCUGUGACUAAAGAGAACAAUUACUUGUUCAUUUAGGAAAGAAAUGUGAAACUGUCUUAAGCAAUCACCUGCCUUGAGCAAUGGGCCAUGGAAAAAAUAAUUGCAAGAACUUUCUAAUAAAGGGGAAGCCAGAGUGAGUAAGUACAUGAAAUGUGGGGCUGUCCACUAGAAUGGAUAAACUUCCUGGCUUUUUCUUGCUUUUUUUCUUUUUCUCUCCUGUAGUGGGGAAUGUAUUUCCCCUCUUUCCCCCUGCCCCUCUCUGAAUGAAAGUAGCUGAGGUUUGUUACCCUAUACAGGAAACCUGUUCCAAUGUGGUCUGUUAACUAAUAUGGGAAUUCUGUACAGUUUUUAUUAAUAAAAUCUUUGAAAUUUUCCAGCUCA